AUGGCUGCCCAAAACAACGCCUCAUCCUGCCAGUCACGGCCUGCGAACACCAACAAACACAACCACAACAACGACCCACAAUCAAACAAGACAACCAACGCCAACUCAAAGGACUCACGCAACAACAACCAAUCAGCAGAAAAAUCCAACAACAACGACAACCAAGCAAUUGAUACAACUGAGAGCGCCGCAUUUACCAAGAAGAGGCAGACCGAUAUUGGUGAAACGUUUACAACAAUCUCCCCAACAAACUCAACAAUCGCAACAUCUCGACCAACAACAAAGACCUACAUCUUCGAGGAACUACGAGAUAUUGAGCCAGGAAUCAUAUGCCCAACUUUCGAAUCAAAGCCAAGUAGUAACGACCCAGAACCAAGCACUAUUAUUGAAUCAAGCUCAGAAUCAAAAUCAACAAUCAUUGUCGAAUUAUCAACCGACAACGUUGAUAUUGAAUCGCAAUCAAAUAUUGAAUCAAACUCAGUCUCCGAAUCUAGCGCCAUCUCUGAAUUCCAAUCUGAAUCAAAGCCAAUCAAAUUCUACAACGACUCAACUGAAUCCCAGCCGGGCACGGACAGAGUUUUUAAGGAAUACAAACCAAUUAAGUUCUAUAACGACUCAACCGAAUCUCAACCGGGCACGGACAGAGUUUUUAAGGAAUCAAACGCAUACGCAAGCGCAAACGCAAUUAAAUUCUAUAACGACUCAACCCAAUCUGAACCGGGCACGGACAGAGUUUUUAAGGAAUCAGUCAACCUAUCAAAGGGCAAGACAGAUAUUACAAGCGAAUCAAUUAAGAGAAUUACAAAUUAUUCAGGAGAAACAGAAAACGCUAGACAAGCAGAAGAAAAACCUAGAGACGACGAUAUUGGAAUCGCAAAGUCCAAUUUAUCAAAUAAUAAGUGUACCCUUUUUGGCAAGGUCGAUUUGAACGAAAACGGGAAAAACGGCCAGAGAAUAAUACUCUGCCCGGAACAAGAGAACAAUAUAUCAGCGCAUUUGAAUUUAUUAAAUCAGAAGCAGCAAAACAGCAAUUUAUUGAAUACGAUAACGGAAGAAAGUUUAAGCGCGACAUCUACAGAUUUGGAUUUAACAAAGAUUACAACAACAACAACAGAGACAACAACAACGCCAUCUACCAAAAUGAUGGAGAUUCAAUUGCCUGGAGACGAGUACCAGGAUUUGAAUGGAGCACUGCAAAUUGCCGCAGUUGAAGAGUUAAUGGCUCCAGCAUGUCUUGACGAUUACUUUAUCGAAACAAACAACAUCAGCGAUUUUGAUAUUACUAAAGGAACGUACAAGCUUCAGGAACUCAACGAAAUGACCAUUAACCAGAUGAAUGUAAAUUAUGCAGGCCAACAACUGCAGCUGCUACCAGAGAACGGACAAGAACAAGAACAACAAGAACAAUUAUUGAAAGAAAUACCAGGAGAAGAAAACAUUUACAAUAUCCUUCGUAUGCCAUACAGCGAAGAGCUGGUUACAUUAACACAACCAUCCACCAUCAUCGGACAUGAAACAACAUCACUAGAAUCUGAAUCACUUUUCACACAAUACAUUGACGACGAAUUAAUUGCAGAUUCUUCUUCUUCAUCUUCUUCGGAUAAUAAUUCAUCCUCGUCAUAUAUUGAAGUAUCACCUGGGUCACCAUUGCCAACCGAAAGUGACUGUAUAGCCACUUCCGAAUUGCAUAAUUACAAAUAUAUGGAUGACAAUUGUCAUGAUGAAUUAGUUUAUGAUCUUGAAUUUUCACCAUUAUCCAUAGAACCAUCACCAAUAACAACAGAAGAACACCAGCAACAACCAACACUUGUACAACAACAACAACAAGCCAGUCCGGUUUGUCAAAGCAACAGCAGCGCAGACGAGGAGGCAUUAGACCUCGAACAGAUACUCAAACAGUUGGAAGCAGCUUCACAACAACAACAACAGCAACAACAACAACAAAAUACCAACACAACCUUAAAAAGAAACAGUGAUCAUUUCGGAGCUUUGCCAACAAAAAUCGCUAAAAAAUCCAGGAUGAAUAUACCCAUGACCAGGCUCGUGACGGACACAAGGUGCGAAGACACCUUAACGACCAUUAAAGUUCCAGACACUCCUGAGGUCUGUGACAUGGUCGAUGAAUGGCUGACAGAAGAUUUCGAUGUGAGCACACACUCGUUGAGCUCCUCACCCACCUGGAGUGGCACAUCAUUUGCUCCACCAGACUUUGUCACAGAUUCAUUCACCCUCAUCGAGCCAAAAUAUGAAAAUCCUCCCAGCAUUGCCUCCUCAUACAUCUGCGAAGAACCUUUAUAUGCCACACCUUCACCCAGCAAUAGUAGCAGCUCAACUGUCUACUCAACAAAUCCCAAUUCUCCUGCGGUGUCUCAAUAUGGCAGUGCUAACGGCUUCAAACGUAAACCACGUGGUCGUCCACCAAAACAACACAGUGACCUGCCCAAUCCCGAAAUCCUUCGUAAUCUGCCCGAAAGCGAACGCAAGCGAAUUGAAGAUCGUUGCAAGAAUAACGAAGCCAGUCGCCAAUCUCGGCAAAAGAACAAGGAAAAGCAAAUGAUCUUGUUGGCCGAAGAAGAGCAUGAAGAGCAAAGGAAUGCAGAACUUAAAAAUAAAAUGAGACACCUCGAAAAACAACAUCAGAGGCUCAAAAAUAUACUUUACCGCAAAUUGGGAAAUACAAAUUAAGUUUUU